AUGACUCUGAUGACUCCUCCGCCGUUGGAUGUAAUUCCUACCUCUGAAACUCCUCCCUUCUACUGUCGCCUCUCUCAAUAUGCUUUACUGCCGCAAGAGGACGACGAGAUGCUGGUCCCCCACACCGACGUCACGGAAGGUCCUCAACCCAUGGAAGUAGCGCCAGCUGAACCAGCAACUACAGCUGAUGCUCAGUCAGUUGAUGAUCCACCAUCAGCAAGGUUUACCUGGACAAUUGACAACUUUUCGAGGCUCAACACCAAGAAGUUCUAUUCCGAUGUUUUUGUUGUUGGAGGUUAUAAAUGGAGAAUACUGAUUUUUCCCAAGGGUAACAAUGUGGAUCAUCUGUCCAUGUACCUAGAUGUUGCAGACUCCGGAACUCUGCCAUAUGGCUGGAGUCGUUAUGCCCAGUUCAGCCUGACUGUUGUAAAUCAAAUUCACCAAAAGGGCUCCGUUCGGAAAGAGUUAUUUUCUGAAAUUAACUUGGUGGAUGAAGUCGUCUAUUGGUUUUUAGUGGGGGAUACUGAAAGAGUGGAGGAGACUGGCUAUGUUGGACUUAAGAACCAAGGAGCCACAUGCUACAUGAAUUCUCUUCUUCAGACACUCUACCAUAUUCCUUACUUCAGAAAGGCUGUGUAUCACAUGCCCACGACUGAGAAUGACAUGCCAUCAGGAAGCAUCCCUCUCGCUCUGCAGAGUUUGUUUUAUAAACUUCAGUACAGUGACACAAGUGUAGCAACAAAAGAGCUGACGAAAUCUUUCGGGUGGGACACUUACGAUUCUUUCAUGCAGCAUGAUGUGCAAGAACUUAAUAGGGUCCUUAGUGAAAAGCUUGAAGAUAAAAUGAAGGGAACUGUUGUAGAGGGAACAAUACAACAGUUGUUUGAAGGGCACCAUAUGAAUUAUAUAGAGUGCAUCAAUGUGGAUUACAAGUCCACUAGGAAGGAAUCAUUUUAUGAUCUUCAGCUUGAUGUCAAAGGUUGUCGAGAUGUAUAUGCAUCUUUUGACAAGUACGUUGAAGUGGAGAGUCUUGAAGGUCACGACGCGGUGGCCGCGGCCAAAACGGUCACACCGGAAAAAGAAGUGGGCGAGGAACAAGGAAAAGAAAGAGAAGAUAAUAGUCCAACCACCAAGGCAGAAGUUGUUGAUCUCCCACCACCGAAAGAAGCUUCUUCUUCUUCUCUGGCUGCCAAGGCAGCAGCGGAGACGGCAAAGUUAAGUGCUGUCCACGACGACGGCGAAGAACAUCGUCACCAGGGGGUAACGGCAGCAUUACCAAGCCGCAGCAAGAAGAGGAAAGAGUCGCCUGAGGACCACCACGACGGUAAUACGUUGUCGGCUAUCAAGGAUGACGUGGUGGAAAAUAACAUUGGGGAGAGAAUGAAGAAGGAGGCUAUUACGACGUCGUCGUCGGGUAAUAUUGCUGCUGCGAGGAAGAAGGCCAAGGGGUUGGGGAUUUUGGAGCGGGUUGACGAGUUGAUAAAGGACGAAGAUAAUAGACAGACGAUGGUCAACGUUGGACUGGCGGUUGUGGCGGCUGUGGCGGUUGGGGCCUUCAUUGUCUAUCGCUACAGAUCUUUCAGAGACUCCGCCUAA